UUAAGUCAUUGACAUGUUGUCAGCAGUCGCGUCAUAAUGGUGUAUAAGGCACUGUAUUCAUUUUCCCUUCCUGUUUGUACAGUAUCUGCCAUGAAUAACUUUAACAGAUGCACCAGUGUUUAUCAUGCUCUUGUGCAGAAUGGCAGAGAAAUAACUUUGGAGACGACCCUGUCAAUCACUUCUUCGUGGUGGAAGCCACUAGCGAUUGCCUGGGUGAUACAGCAGAGCCAGAGAUAGUGGGUUGCUCUACUAACUCCUUCACCCACUGCCCCAGGGACGGAUGAUUUUCUUGGGAGAGUUCUACAUUCGAACUGCCCACAGAGGGACAGGUCUUGGAAAGGCUCUGAUGGAGAAAGUUGCUGAGCAGGCUGGGAUUAAGGACCGCUGCAAGGGCAUGAACUGGCUCCUGAGGGCUUCCAAUGACAGCACCUGGCAGUUCUACCGUCGCUUCAACGCAAUCGAUAUGACUACACAGCACGAGUGGAGAUUCAUGCGAGUAAAGGGGGACAGUGAUGCACACAGUUCCUGAAGCAGGGUCAAAUAUUCAUUUUCUUUAGGCCGGGUAAAUGUCACAUCUAAGUUACUUGGCUAUCGGCCGGAUUAGCUUGCACGCCAGCUGCUACCCAGCAGCCAUCAUACUUACAUGCAGGCAGGCAGCAACAGCCAAGCAGUCAAUAAGAGAUCUACACAUAGAAAGUUUCAGUAUGUGGUUUUAGUUUUAGCAUGAAUUUGGCGUCUUAUUCAAAAGUGUUGUUACUGUUUUUGUGGAUAAAUUUUCUAAGAAAGUGCCCAAUGAUAGUAGAUGAAAUACAAAACAAGGACCAAAUCACGCCUAUUGAUUUUUUGGACCCCACUGGUCAGAGGUCAGUGUCACUGUUGAAACAAAGAAAUGGUCUUUCCUGCCAUAGCUCAAGGACUGAACAUGUCAACUUCAAUUUGGUACAUGUUUUUAUUUAUUCUCAGUGACCUCUGAAAGCCUGCAGAUGAAGUCAGACUUAAGCACCUGACACUGGGUGACGUGUUUACGCAAAGUUUUCCUUAUUUGCUACACUGAGGACAUGUACACUCGUAUAUGUGUACACUUGACUUACACGUACUAAUGUGUCAUGCUUGGUUGGGUCAAAGUGCAGAAGAUGACCUUACACAGGGACGCUGCUACCACAAAAAAAAACCGAAAUGCGUUUCUUGAGUAAUUAUAAUUUGGGAGGGGCCUAGACCAUACACAAAAGAGCAUAGGGGAUUAUGACCUCCUUUGUCGGGGUAGGCUGAUCUGCUAGGGAGAAAAAAAACCAUGCUUGCAAAAGAGUUAAGGAUACAAAAAUCCCAACUACCAACUUUUUUAUAUCGAAAAAACUGGUACAAAAUACACAUGGUCAUUGAUGCUUCCAGUAUACCCUGUGGACCUUUUGUAUGUGGACCGGUUGAGGUGUGGACAUGCGCCACAGGUUUACCAGGACAGUUGAAAAAAGGGGAGAGGAAUGAAAAUACUGAUGCCUAAACUCAAGAGCUGUGGCUCCCAACAUAUUUUAUGGAUGUCAUAAAUAAAUAGCAAAAUUGAAGAAUUUGCAGAAAAAAGACCUCCUCCCUGGCAGCUUUUUCACGUAGGAAAAUCCAAGUCAAAUAUCAAGGUCAUCAAUCUUGGUGUUCUGGAGAAACAUUUUGUGAUCACAAAUUUAAGCCAUAGCUUGGUCUUGGCAGGGCAUUAGUGUUUAUAAUGUACCGGUGUUAAUGAUUAAGGUCAUACAUAUACAUUCAAGAGGAAUUGAAUGUUGCAGAAACUGAAAUAUGUAUCUCAGAAAUGCCCGUCAUAAGGACCAACAGUCUUUGAAUUGCUUUGUAAAUAAAACUUUGCAGGGGUGAGAUUGGAAGAAAAUUAAAAACCCAUGAAGUAGUCACAGGAAGUGUUGAGGGCCCCACAGCAGUGCAGGGUCCCGUAUACAUUUGUGUUUGCCUAAAGGCAACCCUCUACAUACUUUUGUUUUAUAUGAACCUUUAUAUUUGAAAAGACCAAGAUGGUAAAAUUGAGAUAUUUCAGGUUUUAAAAACAGAUAGUUUCAAAAUCCUGAAGUCAGGAAAAUCCUGAUGAAAAAAUCCUGAAAUCAAGAAAAACUCAGACAAAUCUGAUCCCUGACCUUGAAAGGAAAGGGCCACAUUUUUUACUUUGAUGACAGGGUGAUACAUGAAGUUGUCCACAGUUUUUCACACAUUCUCAGAGAUUAGUGAUAAUGUAUUAACAUUCCGGUCAUGAUGCAUGAGUGAGCGGCUGACAUGCCCCUGAUGGGCUCCUGUGUUUGAUGGGGUUUUCUACAUUUCUUGGGUCUUAUUUAGCAAUAAUUGUACCACAGUUAAGUCUGUUUGUUAAACACAUAUUCUAGGCGUCUUCCAGACAGUUAGUUCUGCUUUUUAUCAAGAUGUUGCCAGUUUCUGGGCAUACUUCCUGACGAUGAGACAGUGGCCAUUAUAUGGUUUGUUCAUCAACAAUAUGCCUUUCAGUAUGACAGAGUAUUCAGCUAUUCGAUCGAACUGAAGGUCAAAUCUUCUAAUAGUGAUUUAUUUGAAUUGACUCAGCCGUACAUUAUUGUGGAUCACAAAUUGAUAUGUUAGACAAAUUUUAGACAGUUUCCAUCAUAUAAAAUACAUACAAACUGAUCUUACGUGCAGUCUGUUUGUUUUCUUUCUUGCCUUUAUUGCAAUCUCCACUCUAGUCACACAAAAAAAUGGAUUUUGGCCAAUUUUGCAUGAGCUGCAUUUUUAAUCAACAGAACAGCAACACCAAUUUUUCCCCCACCAUCACUGCAUGGUACUUGUAUGGUUAGGAAAUAAACAUAGAUUUUACUUCUUUGUUUUCAAAAUUUGAUUUAAAGUUGUUGACCACCAACCAUGCAAAGGACACAACCAAACUAUGGAAAAAUUCUUUUCUUUUGGAAUGUCUUAUUAGGCCUUGCAAGCAGUUCAGUGUACAUAUCUAGGUGCUUGCUGGCUAUGUCAUACAAAUUUUCACGCUUAAAAAAGUCCAAUGGAAUGUUUAUCAAAUAUCACAGAAGUUUCUGUCAAGUUGAUUACAAAUCUUUCAAAGUACUGCCCUGACGUUUCAAAAAUAUGCACUACAUUUACACAGGAACCACGCAUGCUCCAUUGCCUUUUAACAAAUUGUGCAGCAGGACAGUUUGUCACGGAAAACUGCCAUAACAAAAGCCACUUUACUUCUUGUGGAAUCCGAGAUUUUUCUGUACAAUUUUGUACACACUGAAUUGAUUUUCAGUAAACAGAAAUUUCAGGAAGUUCAAAACUACUCUGUACUUGACCAUGCACUCAUUAUUGGUAAUUCAUCAGAAAAGUUAAACAGCGUAUUGUAAAUAACAGAAAAUGGAGUUAAAAUUUAAAAAAAGAUUUACUCAGAACUUCAUUUGUUCUUGCCAGUUCCUUUGCAGUGUGUUCUUGAAAGCCUUAAAAGAAAA